AUGUCACGCGCAUGUGUCACAGAAGGCCGUCGCUCGCUGUGGACGACGUCGACUGCGAGUCAAUCCCCCUUUGUUACCACACAGCUCAUCGUUGCUGUCGGCGAAGCAGAUGCAAUUAUGCGGAGUCUUCCAUUUCCAGUAGCUGCCACGUUCGACCUUGAAGUACCAAGUGAACAUGGAACACCGUUCAGCCCCGCCAGCGAUAUUCCUAUCGAUCCUGCACUCGCCGGGCCACUGCCCAUCGACCCAGCUAUCAUGGGCGAUGAAGCCGUUCAAUUAAAUGUUUUGGAGCAGGGUCCGCCCGUGCACAUUCCAGAGGAUUUCAUUCCGCCCCACCCUCGACACUAUUCUCAGGAACCUUCGCAAUAUGACCAAGGUCCCCGUGGCGAUCCAUUUGCGCCCCAACCUGCACCUUAUCUACAUAUUCAAGAAGAAGUCGUUCCACCACCCGCCAAGCCACCAAAGAGAAGGCGAAAACCCCGGCGAGAACCCGAGUGCGGGUUUUGUCAGGGGGAUGACAAGAAGAACAAGGAGGCUGAACCUGAGGCUAUGGCCAUCCGAGCUGCUUGCAACUUGGUGCUAUCGCAGAUACCAUUCGUUCAUAUCCUUGGAAGUGCAUCGAAUGCAAGACUUGCGAAAUUUGUCAAGAAAAAGGUGAUGAUGAGAGAAUUCUGCUAUGCGACUUUUGUGAUCGAGCCUCCCCUGGAAGAAAUGCCGCCCGGAACAUGGCACUGCCCAAUGUGCCCCCCAUUCCUCCUUCCUUUGGAAUCCGAAGUUGCAUCCACCACAAAUUCCGAUCCCCAAAAUGGAGACGAGGCAACUGCCGAGCCUGAAGUGGAUGUUGAAGUUGACGAUGGUGAUGACGAUUCGUCUGAAGACUCUUCGGACUCUGAAUCUGAAUCCGACGGUACCAAUACUGUGCAAGCACCAACCCCCCGCCAGCGACCCAGCCAGCGAAUAAAGAAGCCGCCGAAGCGCAGAAUCGAACACUCAACCCCACGGCCCCUUAAACGCAUCCGCCUGCGCUCGCCCGUGGCACACCCGCUCGUCGUACGCCUGCGAAUCCCCCCAAAGGGUAAGGGCAAAGAACGAGAAGAGGACCCCGACAGAAAUAUCUUCGAGGAUCUGCUCAGCCCUGCUCAUAGGGACAUGUCAAAGACAGAUAUCACAGACUCUGACAGAGCACGAUUUGAUAAAAGUUGUCUGGCCGCCGAGGAAAAACUUGCACCUCCAUCUCAAUCAGCACCUCCAGCUGACACACCUGAUCCUCCGAUAGCCGGCCCUUCGUCUCGUCCCCUACGGUCUCAUACUCUCCAACACAUAACCAUACCUUCUUCAAUACCAGCUCGCUCGCCAGUGCCUUCCACACCUGGCACAAUUCCGCACACACCAUCCACUAUCCCUGCUACCCCGUCAGGUUUCCCAGCGCCUCCCUCCACAUUACGUAUCCGGACCAUCCGCUUUGGGAAGUAUGACAUCCACCCGUGGUAUGACGCCCCCUUUCCUGAAGAAUUCUCAAAUAUCCCGGAUGGACGACUGUGGUUCUGCGAAUUUUGUCUCAAAUAUAUGAGAAGUGGCUUUGCUUUUGGUAGACAUAACAUGAAAUGCAAAACACGACAUCCACCAGGCGACGAGAUUUAUCGCGAUGGUGCCAUGUCUAUUUUCGAAGUGGACGGACGCAAGAACAAGAUAUACUGCCAGAAUCUUUGCUUGCUGUCGAAAAUGUUCCUAGAUCACAAGUCACUCUUCUACGACGUCGAGCCAUUCUUGUUCUACGUUAUUACAGAAACCGACGACAUGGGUGCACGUUUUGUGGGGUACUUCAGUAAAGAGAAAUGUUCUCCGAAGGACUACAACGUCAGUUGUAUCAUGGCGUUGCCUGUGAGGCAGAGACAAGGAUGGGGAAAUUUCUUGAUUGACUUCAGUUACCUUCUCUCCAAGAAGGAACAGCGUGCGGGAUCACCCGAGAAGCCACUCUCAGGGCUUGGUCAACUGGGGUACAAGAACUAUUGGACCCUCGCACUCAUGCGAUACCUUCAUACAUCACCGGAUAACCCAACCCUUGAAGCUAUCAGCAAGGGCACAUCUAUGACCAUCGAAGAUAUUUAUAAUACCCUCCACGACCAGGGAAUGAUCUCUGUGCAAUCUGCUACACCGCCUAUGAGACCUACACCAGGGCAAGCUAUCAAGUUCCCACGAGGGCGCAAGAACGGCAUUGCGCGGCGUCAUCUUCAGCGGCAGAGCACGCUAAACAAGGAAGAGGAGGCCGGAAGCAAGGCCAACACACCUUUUGUCCCCCCCACGCGGUACCAGAUUACCUGGGAUCCCGAGAAGGUGCAACACUACCUUGAAGCGUGGGAGAAGAAGGGGUACAUGAAGCUGAAACCAGAACGGUUGAAAUGGACGCCGUUUGUCCUGGCACGGGCAAAAGCUGGCGGGGAAGUUCUGCAGGUGGAGCUGGGUGCUGGCAUGGGUGCUUUGAACGGCGUUGCGGAAACACCAAUUCCAGUCACUGAACAGGACAAACAGACGCCGGCCCCCGGCCCUGCCGAACCCUCCGUCGGCAUAUCUGAGGCAGCGCCUACAGAGACUCAUUAUGUCUCAGACACUCCUGCAGCCCGCCUGUUUGAUGACAUCAUAGCCAAAAACCCUGAAACUCCUGUACCAAAGAAGCAGUUGCGGAGUCGCGUUAAAGGAGGCGAAGUGCCUCGAUCUGUCUUCUCGCGAACGCAGUCGAGUCGUAACACGAUCACGCGCACUGCCCUCCAACGACAUACACGUUCUGUAUCGGCUCGCCCUAUUACUGGCAUCGAUGGUGUGGUCAACGGUACUGCCCCUCAAACCGAUGAGCUGGCAGAACAAUCGAGUCCUGAUAUCCCUGCCAAACGGCGACGAGGACGGGCACGGAUCAAGCCACCGGAUGAUGCGUUGUCAGCGGUGUCUGAGUCUGGGAGGAUGACUGCUUCACCGUCACCCUCAAGACCCCUGACUCGAGUCAAACGCAGGAGGAUAGAGUCUCCUGAAUCAGAAACCCUCUCAGAGCGUGCGGAAGAUCAUGCUGAGCCGCCUGGUAGUUCUACUCACUCCAACGGUCACAUUAACCCCGUCAGUGAGGUCGGUCAGGAGGAUGUCUCUCAUCAUUCAUCCGGAUCAUCUGGUUCUGUCAAUACUGGUGCUCAAUCUCUUCGAGUGGAGACGACCUCAUCUAUGUCAGAACUAGAUACACGAUCCUCACUUGCUCAGUCGCAACCACCAGAUGACGAGAUUAAGUCGGAGGAAGCGGAUACGCCUCUCACCGGCAUAACCAGCCGACACAGCGUACCAAGCGACGAUACCUUGUUCGUUGUGGAGACUGCAAAUGGGGUAGGGACUAAGGGCUCUGGAGGCUCUGAUAUCAUCAGAGCCGUGCACUCACCCACUUCUCAAACUACCGGGAGGGAAAGUGCUGGUCAGGACUCAGUACCCAGUUGUUCCGCUCCAGCACUAUCCAACGAUCUCGAUCAAUAUUCUGAUCUGGAUGCUGAGGGCGAACUGGCACACAGUGGUGAUUUGUUGUGUGACCGGUUGUUUGGCGGCGACUUUAGAACCAAACAGCCCGCCUUUUCUCAAGCCGAGCCACAACACACACGAGCGGUUCACGCCGGUUCAUUGUGGUUCACAGUCUGGCCUAUGGAAACUAACAACGACCCAAGCAUGGCCUUUGGGCAUCUUCAACGAGACCCAAACCUGCAGACUAAUGUCAGCAAUGUCUCGAGUCUGAAUCAAGCGCUGGGAUCGCAUCUUAACUCUACCGUAAUCAAUGGGCGUCCCCAAUUCCAUGAUGGCGGAGCAUACAGGCUCUCUGAUUCACCACCGACAAUUCUGGAUUCAAAUGGUGCUCCACGGUCUGCCCAGCCGAUAGCUGGUUCUUCUCAUACUUCACCCAUUCACGAGUUUUCGGUACUCCCAACCAGCGAAACUCAAUCUACUAGUGGGCCCAAGCGUAAGCAGACCGACGGUUUGGCACCCAGUGGUUCACAGUCGGGCAAAAGACGGAGAGAAGGGGACGACAUGGGUGACCCCUUUGACACCGAUGCUGCGCACGGUUCUAAACAUUGGACUGACGACGAGAAGACGAAAUUGUUUAAUUGGCUCAUGGGUCCGGGGGAAGACAGCCACUGGAAUGCGCUCCGGGCUACAAAGAACUCGUGUCUUCGCGAGUGCGCCAUUGAGGUGUUCGGUGGCAAGAAGACUUAUCAGGCGCUAAAAGGCUGCUAUGAACGAAAUUUCAAUUUAUUUAAACAGAUCCAUGCAUUCGAAAGUUUCCACGUGCAAUUGGGGAGUGGUCCUGUCAGCUUUACGACUGAAACAGACAGGUUGCGGGAAUAUGAACGGCGAUUACAAAUUGCUCGCAAAGGCGGUUGCGACGUCGGUAAUGUGGGUGCCAAGACGAUUGACCAUUGGCAUAGGUCAGGCUGGUAUACUUUGUUCCACAGAAGAUGGAACGGCGAUCCUGCUACUACACGUCCUGCAAACCGCCAAAAUAAUGUCCUAGGGGCAACUAAUACCCAUGGCGGCGAAGAUGAUGAUGACGAUUCAUUAGAAGUGACGGAAUCAAUUCCAAUUCUUCAACCUCAGAUUCAACCUCAGAGCGCACCAUCUCAUCCUCAUCCUCAAGUUCAGCAGGUUCAUUCACAAGCGCGCCCUCCUACCUUCGUUUUCACGUCACAAUCUUCCAUUGCAAACAAGACUAAUACCAACGAGCUUCCGAUACAGGAAGCAGGACCAUCAAAUGCCUCAAGUCGACCCACCUUCCCCACCGUACCGUCGCCAAGCAGUGAUGCGUCCGUUGUCAAUUUUGCUUUACCGCAAAACAUGAUGGCUGCAUGCUUGCAGCUUUUGCAAGCGCAGGUCCAGCACAGCAAGCUCAAGCUGGAAUAUCUUAGGAGACGGGAGGAAAGGGAAGAAAGAGACAGCAAUACCCGCAAAGAUGCUGAACGUGCCCGACUGGAAAGAGAAGCUGCCGAAUGGGAGCACACAAAGGAGACAGCUAAUGUCAAGCACAGAGCCCAACUCGCAACAGAUGUAUUGGCGAAUCCGGUGGUAGACGGCUCUGUGCGCCAGGCUGCGGCCGAUUAUCUUAAAAGACUAUUUGCUUCGGACUGA